GUUUUUUGGGUUGAGCUUCUUUGUUGUUCCAUUAUUUCCUGUCAAUACCGGAUUCUCCAUUUUCUCUUUCGUCUUGCUCUGCAGUACCAAAUCCUCUUUUACAAUCAUACUCGCACCGAAAGCAAUCGACAAUGGUCAAGUUUUACCAACAUACGUUCAACUAUGAAUAUCCGUGGCAAACCGUGAGCUAUGCCUUUUGGUUACGUUAUCCUAAUCCUUUUGCUUCUCAUGUGUUGGCAGUCGACGUGUUGGAUCGUUAUGUCGACGAAAAAGGCGUAUUAAAGACUACCCGGUUAGUCUUGAAGAAAGGAAAAGUACCAAAGUGGUUCCCCGAAAGCUUUUUGAAGAAUUCGGAAGCUUUUAUCAUUGAGGAAUCAGAAGUGGAUCCCAAAUCCAUGACCAUGACAACUCGUACGAAAAAUUUAAACCAUGUUCGUAUUAUGCAAGUCGAGGAAACGCAGACUUUCCGACCCAACGAACAAAAUCCAGCCUUCACUUCAUGUAAAACAGAAGCCCGUAUCAUUUCACGAUUUGGAUGGGGAAUGACCAAUCGCAUUGAAGCGUUUGGUCAAGGUAGCUUUGCUUCCAAUGCAGCCAAGGCUCGAAAAGGCAUGCAUCAUAUCUUACAAACCAUUCGAGAGAAGCAAAUGGGCGGUCGUGUUCCCUUCCUCGCUCCUGCCUACCAAUCCUAAACGUCUUUUUGAAAUCAUUCUCCUCAUUCAUCAUUUUACCGGAAUUGAAGCCUCUCGCGUUACCGAUCUCAUCUACCGGGUUUUCAAUUCACAUCGCAAGACUGAAAAAAAAAAAAAAAAACUCUCCAUCAAAUAUGCUCCCCCAAGAAACCAUGUCCACCUAUUGAUCUUCUUUUUCCAGCGAAUAUGAUGAUAUCUUCUGGAUUUGUAAAUAUCUUAUCAUCAAAAAGAACAGUAUAAAAAUUUGUUAUUUUCUCCAUAUAAAAC